CUCUUGUUACCUCUUCAGUCCACUCAGGCUGCAGACCAGACCUCGUCGGGCGGCUCUUCCCCCACGCGUCUCCCUAUCUAACUAUGACUACCUACUUACUUUCAAACCAACAUGGACCAAGUGGUCUCGAUGCCGGCCCACCUCUUUCAUCAUACCUACCGGGCUUUUGGGGAUAGUUCCCUUGCCUAGUGUAAUCCUAUUCAUAUUCUAUAUAACUAGUCCCACUCGUUCCAGAUAGGACUUCAACUACAUUCCUUUGGUAUAACUCCUGUUUCAUCUUUCCAUCGCUCGAUGUCUCCCCCGACCGAACGUUUCAGCAAGCUUUCACUCGAGAGCAAUAUGCCGCCCAUCACACGUCUCCAGAGCCGGAUGCAACCGGUGGAAGACUACUCAAGCUCUUCUGAGUCAGACACCGAGUUAGACUUUGAGGUUGACGACGAUGGCCUCCUCAUGAUCUCACCCUCGAAUCUCAAAUAUUCACUAGAACUACUAGACGACAACACACGUGACGAGAUCACCAAGGCCGUAGAGGUCCCCUCACAAUUCGUGCUGCGCGGCUGUCAGGCUGGAGACCAACGCUGCUUCUUCUUGAUAACAGAGCCCGUCGAGUACACGAUCCGCACGGGAACAGAGCAGAGCGGUUACGGCAUCCCCAGCUGUAGCUGCCAAAACGGCGAGCAAUGCGAAUCGCCAUGCCGCCACAUUCUCUGGCUCUUCGACCAGAUCACCAGCCAGAUCCUAGGCGUCCAGGAAGACCCCUUCGUGCUCACGCGCCACGGCUACCCCUCCGAGCUCGGCAACCCGUACAACGCCAUCGCGGACUUCCACCUCGACAUGCUCGCCGACAGCCUGCACUGCGACGUGGUGGGGCAGUCUGCGGACCCGAACCCGCGGCGCGUGCAGGAGACGCGGGAGAUGCUCGCCUCGCUGCACGAGGUGCCGACGGACGAGUACCGCCCGGACCUGUUCGCGAACCCGCGCAGGGGCCGGCGCGCCGUCAAGCGCGGCGACCUCGAGCAGACCAUCUUCCGCAUGCUGCUGCGCAACGACGACUUCUUCCAGUACUUCCGGUCGUCCGUGCGCGCCGACGAGCUGCACAGGAACCAGUUCCGCGCCCUGCAGCACCGCGCCGACGCUGCUCUCGCUGGUCUGCGCCAGUACGCCGCCGCUGCUGCCACCACCACCACCUCCUCCUCCAGCGAAUCUUCGCCACCAGCCCCACGCCCCAGCAAAGACGUCCCCUGGUGCGCCGCCCACCUCUCCUCCGUCACGCGGCACAUCCGCGCCAUCCUGCACACCACCGAGCGCCCCCUCGAGCCCUGGGAACUCCGCGCCGCCGCCCGCACCACCAUGCACGUGCUCACCCAGGUCGUAACCUCCUACAGCCACGACCUCAUCACCGGGCCCGCGACUCUUCCCAAGGCGCAGCGGAACCUGUACCACCGCCUGAUCGGCGAGCGCGACGCCGACUUCGCGACGGACGUGCUCGCGUCGAUCCCGCCGGAGGUGCUGUUCGCGGGCCCCUGGCUCGAGGAGCUGGUGGGCGGCGAAGAGGAUGAAGUGAGGUGAGGUAGAGGUUUCUGCUCUGAGCGGAAUUUCAGAGAGCGAGCGCUAUACGAGCUGCUAGAUAGCUUGGAUGACUAGGGGUGGGUAGGCGCGAAUGAUUUUUCAUCAAACCGAGCGGGUUUCUCGGUAUCAUGGACGUCGCAUCCAUAAACUACCUACUACUACUACGAGAUAUAUCGGCUUUGGUCGUCUCUUCUCACGGCGAAGGGAUUCCCUUCAAAGGGGCCCUCUAGUCCGACUCUUGUUUCUUCCUUUUUUUUUUCUCCUUCCCUUCUCGUCUC